UGAGUUGAAUUAUAAAAUAGUUUGACAACCUUUUUUGUAAGCUUUCAAAGGACAUUGAUUUUGAUAUUUAUAUCUUAAAGCAUCAUUGACAAAUAAUGAAUAUAUGUUUGAAUAGUUGACUUUUUGGCCUUACCCAGGCCUCCUUUAAGACCGUAAUGAUUCAUCUGUAGGAGCUACAAAGCAAAAAUUGGUAAUAUAUGAAGCUUUACCUCUUGCUCUGUGAUGAGUAUUUUUUUAUUAAAUAAAAAUGCUCUUGCAUAAAAUAUUCAGACAUUAAUAAAUGAAUAUAUAUAUAUACAGUUUUUAAUUUGGCUAGUCAAAUAUAUAUAUUGUUGAACCUAUCCACUCUACGGGCAUAUCAAAGUUCCAGUGGGAUCUCUGCUAGUUUGAAAGUUAUGGCCCAUUUUUUGAGAGAAAUUGACAUGGUAGGCAAUGUAAUCAAUCACAUCCCUCCUUUUACUGGUCAUUGCACGUCCUUCGAAUCGCCAGCAGAGGGCAACCAUUUUGAAUCUAUUUUCACAUUCUGUUAAUGGUUACAUAUUGGAUCAUAACUAAAAGUUGCAGAGAUCCCACUAUUGAACUUUGAUAUUUUUAAAUUUAAUUGAAAUGAAGACACUGCUUAUAUUAGAGCAAGUGGUAAAGCUUCAUGACACCAAUUCAUAAAGGAAGUCUGGUUAAGGCCAAAAUCUCACGUUUCAACUUCAAUUAAUUAUUUCAAUUAUGCUUUAUUAACAUACAAAUGUCAUAUCAACAACACUUCCCCCAAAACACCCUUCUAUGUGUUAAGCGGGGUGGAGCAGGUGAACCCAAGUGCAGACUCAGACGAGGAGGCAGGGAUAAGGUAACCAAGGUAUUUAUUGUAAAGCAGGGGGAGAUGGGGUGCAGGCCAGGGGGAGCUCGGUUGGGUAGCAGGGAACCAGGAACUGGGGCAAGGGGAGUAGGGGAAGGGGAAGCUGGUCCGGAGCAGAAUCCAAGGAAGCAGUAUAUUGGGGGGUCCAGGGCGAGAAGCAAGACUGACGAGAUGAGGGACUGGUGACACAGGGACCAGAGUCAGAGCGGACGGAACUGUAGCGGAGAGAAAUGCAGCGUCAGGCUAGGGAAAACGAGCACCACAGGAUAACGAGAUCUAUGCAGGAAAAAACUGCUUGAAAUGCAGACUGACUGAACAGAGGCUACAAUCUGGCAGGAUGGGAGUGGCAGGACUAUUUGUAGUAUUUGUAGAGGUCUUGAUUAUGGAACAGGUUGCAGCUGGUGGGGAUCUGCUCUGACUCCAGCACACCUGUUUCCACUCACACAAUCAGAUACACCCACACAGAGAGGGAGAGAGCACUGGGGGAGUGGUGGCAGGUUAGGGAGACACAGUAUGAGAAGUAGAGGGUGUGGCAGGGCAGACGUAACACUAUGGAUUACAUUUAGUGAAAAUCCCACAAAUCAAGGUAUAUUUGUUUUGUUCUAGUUUCCCCUAAAGGGAAAGGGUGUCAUUUGGGACAUAACCAUAACUUCUUAUCACCAUUACCUCAGAUAAUAAGGGAAAUAUAAAAAAAAUAUUUGCAUGACAAUUACAGAAGAUGGGUAGGUAUAGACUUCUGAACCAUUGAACUUGACACCAGUAAAAAACGUAUGUGAAUAACGGCAUUGAAUCAGUCCAGAGGCUAUGACUCAGCUACUCACAUCACUUACCGCCACAGGAGUUGUCCUGACCUACAGAAUAAUAACUUUCGAACACUGCUUGAAACCAGUUUGUCCUUGACAUUGAUCUCUACUCUCACACUGUGGAGGUGGUGAUGACAUUCUAAUAAUAGUGCCUAUAGUCUUGUCACAGGAUGAUUCGUCUUUCAGUAUUCUAGCACCUGGUCACAGCAUGAUUUCUUUGUAAAAUAAUUUAGCCAGUUACCGGGUGUGACCUGCUCACUUUUUCUUUAAAUAUAGUUGAUGGAUGCAAGGAACAGGACAUUAACUAGUAGUGAUUUGACUGAUCACUAAUACACAUGAAGGAGGCUCUCUCUGGCUGUACAAUAAUGUAUGUAGGAGAGUCUUCAAUGGCUCUGGGGGAUAGGCUCAUUCUGUUUAAGCCAAUUAGAAGGAACUUGACGCUAUAGUGGAUGCGGUUACGCAAAAUCAGACUGCUUGGGCUACUCAUAUGCUGUGUGCAGCAGCAGUGCAGUUGAUGGAUACAGUGAACUGCUGCAUGUUGCAUAAAUACUGUACAUUUGACUAUUGUGAUGCAUAAUUGUCAUGGUAAUUUGAUGUCCAGUCAAUGAGCAUUAUGGGUCAUUUUACCGAGUUUCAAUAUUGGCCUACAAAUGUUUAAAUGAUUUACAUUGUGAUAAGGGGGGAGUGGGAUAAGUUGAGACACCCUUGUUUCUAGGAAACCAUACACAACAGUGGAGGCUUCUCAGAGGAGGAAGGGAAGGACCAUCCUACUCAGUGAAUUUCAGAAAAAUGUAAAGAGUCAAAUCCUGUCCUGCCCUCAGUGGAAGAGUUGAGCUCUGCUCCAACACCAUCCAUCCAUCCAUGAUGAGCCUGUCCUGCACUGAAGCCUAUGAACACCUCAACCCCUGUCCUGCACUGAAGUCAAGUCUCUGAACACCUCAACCCCUGUCCUGCACUGAAGUCAAGUCUCUGAACACCUCAACUCAUGCCUCAUACCCUCAUUUAAUCACUGCUGUGAUCCUUUCCCAACACUGUGUGUAGUGUGUUAUCAGACCAAUCCAUCCUGAAGAAGGAAGAAGUGAUGGAGGUGUGGAACAGUGGUGAAGAGGAGGGACUGACUGAACUGGAGGGCUCCUCAGACACCAUGACAGCCCUGACCACCUCCAAUCACCUCCUCCUCCAUCACAGAGCUAUUAACGACUCCAACUACACCACCACCAACAACAUCACCUACUUCCCUUACUACCAGCACUCCCUCCCUGUGGCUGCUAGCUUCAUCCUGGCCUACCUGUUCAUCUUCCUGCUGUGCAUGGUGGGUAAUGUACUGGUGUGUCUGAUCGUGCUGGGGAACCGUCGCAUGAGAACCGUCACCAACCUCUUCAUCCUCAACCUGGCAGUCAGCGAUCUGCUGGUGGGCAUCUUCUGCAUCCCCACUACUCUUGUGGACAACCUCAUCACAGGCUGGCCGUUUACCAACACUGUGUGUAAAAUGAGUGGUCUGGUGCAGGGGAUGUCUGUAGCUGCCUCAGUCUUCACCCUGGUGGCCAUUGCAGUAGACAGGUUCCGCUGCAUUGUGUUCCCUUUUCAACCCAAACUCACCCUAAUAGUUGCCAAGGUGACCAUAGCGAUGAUCUGGGUCCUGGCUGUGGUAAUCAUGUGCCCCUCAGCAGCUGCCCUGACCGUGGUGGAAGUGGCCGAUCACUACAUGGUGUAUAACCAGGACUACAACAAGACUUACCCCCUGUACUCCUGCUACGAGAACUUUGCCGACCCGAAGAUGCGGAAGGUCUACACCACAGUGCUGUUCGCCCACAUCUACUUGGUGCCCCUGGCUCUCAUCACUGUCAUGUACGGACGCAUCGGCGUGAAGCUCUACACCUCCGUGGUGUCAAGAAGAGAGCCUCAGGAUGCAGCACAUCCUCCUCCUCGAGCCAGGCAUGAGGGGGGCAGGCAUCUGAUCUCACAGAAGAAGAUCAAGGUGAUCAAGAUGCUGAUCGUAGUAGCCCUGCUGUUCAUGCUGUCCUGGCUGCCCCUGUGGACUCUGAUGCUGCUGACAGACUACGCAGGGCUGGACGAGGAGCAGCUGGAGCUCCUGACAGGAUACAUCUUCCCCUUCGCCCACUGGCUGGCUUUCUCCAACUCCUCUGUCAACCCCAUCAUCUACGGAUACUUCAAUGAGAACUUCAAGAGGGGCUUCCAGGCAGUCUACCAGACCAACUCCUGCUGCCGCCCGGGAAAUAGGGUUGAGGUAGCAGGGAGGGGAAACCGGGAAGGCAGAGCAGGGGGUGGGGGUAAUGGUGGAGAGGGUGGAGGCGGCCUGAGGGAGCCUACAAGCAACCCCAAUCCUCUCCCAUUUGGGGCUAGAAACAAAGUGUAUACUGAUGGUAAUGUGAUGCACUCUGUCCACCUUGAGCUGGAGUUGAAGAAGAAUUCUAAGGUGGGAAGCAACACGGUCCAUGUUGAGGUUGGGGGGACUGGGGCAGGCGGAGGAAUAGGGAAUGGAAAUGGGAUGAACAAAAAGGGGCUACAGGUUGACGAGCAGACCAGCCCAAUGGGAGUUUGUCAGGCCUGGGAUCAUUAGUGGGGAUGUAAACCGUGGAGGUGCUUUCAGCAUCCCUAAUAAUAUUUUACGUUUAGAUGUACAUUACAUUUACAAUCUAAACGCAUACUUAAUGCAUAGAAAAGAUAGGCACCAUCUUAUUUUAUUUUCUUUCAGAUGGCAUGUGUGAACUCAUUGUGAAGGAAGUGGACUCAUCUCAACAUUAGAUUAGAUUGUAUAGGGAUUUGAAAAUGUCUGACAAACUAUAAUCUAAGAGCCACUAAGUACUCUCCAAACACCAAAGAUAGACUUGAAAAGAAAGAGAACAAAGCAAAGCAAAGCAAAUACAUCAAUCAUGGUGAUACCCUUAUUCUGUUUUUGCUUGUAAUAUGAAUUAGUGGAAAAUUAAUUCUGUUUUGCUCAGUGAAGAUUUCUUUGAACAUUGUCAGCAAAACAACGAGAGGGGAUAUAGUUGAGACUAUUUAAUGUCAACGUUUUAGCCCUAAAGUAGUCUCAAUCUGAACACUGUCAACAAUAUAGAUGUCUCUUAAAAUGUCUCAAAGAACAUAAUGCCUCAGAAAAAGGCAGUUUGGUUCAAUUCAAUCUUGAAACUUGAAGCAAAACAAAUUUCCGCACAGAGGGGAAGUGCAUUAUCUGAUACUACAGAGCACAACAAAUCAAAUGAUAUCUAAUUAAAUCAAAGGUUAUUCAUCGUAUACACAGGUAAGCGGUGCAAUUAAAUACUUACUUGCGAGCUACCUCAACAUUGCAGUGAAAUAUUUAAAAAAAAAAGUAAAAUAAGAGUAAUGACUAACACAAUAAGUUAUACGUUUUAAACAACUAUUAAAAAGUAUACAGGUGGAAAAUAACUGUUUUGGAGAAGCAGUAUUGGACUGAAAUCUAGUCCCUGUCGCUAGUGAAAACAGGGACCAAACUAUUUAUUGAUCAAUACAUUUGUACAUGUUACUGAACAAGCAUAUCAGUUUAAUAAGGAGUGAGAAAGAUGUAUUUUAUGUAAGGUGUUGUUAAAGUUUUCUGAGAAUGCCCUUACUCUAUAGGACUGAUGAAAACACCAAAAGGGGCUGAGUCAAACAAAACAAACGCUCACAAAUAUUGCUAAGGGCUAGCCAGACAGUUUUUCUAACUAGGGAAAUAUUAAUAUGCCUUGCCUAGAGUUUGGUAGGACCAAAUGUAUGUGUAUAAACCAGGGUUUCUUAAACUGUAGAUCGUGACCCUAUGUGGGCCCUGGGCAUGUGAGAGGUGGGUCAAGAGUUAUGAGAAUACAUCUCUAAUCACACAUGAUUUAUUCUUCAUUUGGGUAAUUGAAGGACGAUUUGGGUCACUGGAGGACGUUACACUUCUAAUUUUGGUUUCAAACUGAAAAAGUUUAAGAACCCCUGGUAUAAAGCAAUGAUUUAUAUAUACACUAGAUGACUGACGGGGUGCCAUUCAUGCUGUUCACAGCGUAGUAGCCAGGGCAACAAAAAAAACAGAAAAGAUGAGCCUCGCUCAUCAACGCUCUAUACCCACUACAAUGUUUACUUUAUGCAUCUAUAUCAUAUCACUGAGGCUACCUUUACAUUAUAUUAUGUGAGCAAAACAUACAAAUACAAAAAUAUGUAAAAACAUUUUUCUUAAAGUAUCAUUUCUAGACAGUACCUAAUGUUACUGUCCCCACUAUGAAAUACAUGUCUUUGUGUGCUUGAAACAUUUAAUUGAAAUACAGUAGAAUUCCAUUUAUUCCUUUGGAGGACUGCUUCUUCUAAGGAAAAUCAAUAUGGUCGUCCAGUGACUUCAAAGCCUCUCAUUGGCCAAUAUAUAGCAUCUGCAAUCUAGAGUUUAUAUACAUCCCUAGUAUAAACACUAGAGGAUUGACAGGGGCUGCUGUUUUGAAGCCACUAUGCAGCCAUUUUUGUAUUCCUCCACCAUUGUAAAAAAAAAAAAAAAAUAUUCCUGUGUACAUUAGUUUUGCAAACAACAUUUUAUUACAGACACCUUAAUGCAUACUUUGAACUUAAACAUUUUAAUACAAAAUAUAAAACAUCAAAAUUCACAAAGAAAUGUUUAUUUGGACACAACAAUCAACAUUUUGCAAUGGCCAGCUCAGUCUCCGGACAUGAAACCCAUGGAAAAGCUGCGGUUUGAAUUGAAGAGGGUAGUCCAUAAGUGCAGACAAAGGAUUUCAAGGAUCUGGAAGGAUUCUGUAUGUAGGAAUGGUCUAAGAUCCCUCCCAAUGUGUUCUCCAACUCAUAAAACAUUUUAGAAAGGUUCAGUGCCAUUAUCCUCGCAGGGUGAGGUAUUGAAAGGUAUUGAAAACGGGGGUGUCAAUAUUUUUUUUAUAAAAAAGUAUUACUUGUUAUUAAACGAUCUCUUUCUCUGAAUUAGUAUAAAAUAAUAUAAUUUCCAAAAUUUUUCCAGCAUACAAUAUAAUUUAGUAUUUGAAUUGUUUAUUUUAUACGGUUAUUUUGAAGGGUGUCAAUAAUUUCAACCCCACCGUACAUCAUUGGGUAGACAUACUCAGGUGCUGAAAAGACAGAGCACUAAUUCAACUGAAAAGCACGCUCAGGUCAGUGGUAUGACACAAAAAAAAAUUGUUAUUUUUCUAUUCCAUAUGUCAUUGUUAAGCAAUGUCGUUAUGGUUACUGUACCCAUAGAGACCUAAUUAAUUUACUACUAAUAUAGUUUUAAUGGUAAUCAUCUGGCAAGUCCUUACAAAACUCAAUCUAGCUAAUAUUUUAUAGAACACAAGAUAACAAACCGUAACCUGAUAAGACAAAUACAAUCUAAAAAAAGAUAACAGCCUCAUUUGCAACUGUUUAAAUAUCAAAGCGGCUUGCUUGCAAAAAGAUCUGCUGAAUAAUGUUUGUGUUAGUCUUUACACAGUAUGGUUGCUAUGGCGUUAUGCUGCUUGGUGUACUGCAAGCCUCCACAUUUGUGUUGUGCACAGUAUAUUGUAUUAUGUGGUUUAUUUUGUGGUGGGAGCUUUGUGGGCAGGAGGGGAUGGGGCGAAAGGAGAAAGCAUGGCGUCAACGGCUUUUCAGAUUCUCCCAUUUACAGACUGGAAAUGCAUGCAACUGUUUUUUGUUUAAAGGAAGCAGGGUUGGGGUUUAUUUCAAAUGUGUCAGUUUUGUCAAAUAACAUUUCCUCUGUGGUGAUGUGUGGGAGUAAAAAAACAGUGCCAGCAGGACCAGAGUAGAAAUAACAGAUAAAAACAAGGAUCUGCUGAGACCCUCAGUAAAUUUAAUAAAUAUUGGACAAAAACUGAAAAAAGCUUGUUGUCAGAACAACAAAGGAUGUCCAAACUGGAUUAGGUGCUGUCCAGACAGGUAGUAGCACGGCUGAGGUCUCAGGCCUGUCUUCAACAUGAUCCUCCUGAGAAAGAAAUAGAGGAAAACAGAAGACAGGGUAGCUUUGUUUAGGCAGUGGCAUGGCACCAGAUAAGCUCUGGCCCAAUCCUAAUGUCAACCUUAAGUCCUCAUGCCCUUUGCACUUUGGAGAUCACAUCUCACUGGAAAACCUUGAGGAAUAUUGGAUUUUCAGUUUACCUCCUGAAUUAAAUUGGAAAUUGUAUUGACCCAAUCUGUAAUGGAAGUGUUUAUGCAGUUGACACAGACAGAAGGCUACUUACUGCCUGCUGACACAGGUAUAAUUCUGACAACUGGAAGCCUCUCCUGUGAGGCAAGACUACCAGGUUGUAGUAGAAUGUUUUUUACAAUACCCAAAUGGCAUUUUGUAUAUUUUAUUUAACGAUGGGAUAAGAGCCACUUUGUAUAUACUAAUGCAGGAUCAAUGUAAUUAACCCAUUACAUCUUAUGAUUGUCAGAUUACUGUUUGUGUUAUCUAUUUGUAGUGGGAGUCGUGUUUGAAAAUUUAUGUUUAUGUAUCCUGAUAUUAUUGAUGUUCUGGGAGUAAUUGUUUUAUCAUAACAAACCAUGUUUAACCUGAGUUCAUGUUGCAAUGACAGAUUAGUCAAAAUUAUUCAUAUUACAGAUUUCAAUCAAAUCAAAUUGAAAGUAAUCAGUGCUAUUAAUUGAAUCUGUCUUGAAACAUGAACAUGGUAAUUGUGAUAAUUGGUUGCUAUGCUACAUGUAAAUUGAUACUCCACCAUGUGUUUUAAAUGGUGCCUUGCAUUGAAAAUAGUCUAUAAAGUGGGUGGAGGAACAUUGCUUAAUAAAUGUAUUUUGAAAAUGCA